CUCUCGUCCCCACCAUUCAGUGCGUGCGCGGGAGUGCGAUCGAGUGCGCGUGUCUAGCGCUCCACACAUCACAGUACAACUUUACGUCCUUUGUGACGUGUGAGAUGACAGUUUGACUCCGUAACCAACGAGUUAGCUAAGUUAAGCUCCAUUUUGUGCAACAGUUAGAAUUCAAAAUGAAAGUGGAAAAAGAGUUAUGCGCUCCUGAGGAGAGUAAACCCAUGAUCUCCGACAGGAAGGGCAGCCUGAAGGUGACGAUCACUCCGGCGCAGCACAAGACGCUCACGCACCUGCCCAAGAGACCGCCAGUGGACCUGGCGUUCACGGACCUCACAUACAAGGUCCAGGAGGGAAGGAAAAGCAAUGUGAAGACUAUCCUCAAAUCAGUCUCGGGGAGGCUGCGGUCCGGCGAGCUGACGGCCAUCAUGGGCCCGUCUGGCGCUGGCAAGUCUACACUGCUCAACAUCCUUACAGGUUACAAGACAUCAGGAAUGGAAGGUAGCAUCACAGUGAACGGUAUGGAGCGCAACCUGUCCAGUUUCCGCAAGCUGUCGUGCUAUAUCAUGCAAGACAACCAGCUGCACGGCAACCUCACAGUCGAGGAAGCCAUGGCGGUGGCCACUGCUCUCAAGCUGCCCAGUGCUACCAACAGGGCUGAUAAGGAGGAAGUGAUCCAAGAAAUCCUCGAAACGCUGGGUCUCUCAGAACACCACAAAACGAUGACGUCAAAUCUUUCCGGGGGUCAAAAGAAACGUCUCUCCAUAGCCUUGGAGUUAGUCAACAAUCCUCCCAUCAUGUUCUUUGACGAGCCAACAUCUGGCUUGGACAGUUCCUCGUGCUUCCAAUGCAUAUCGCUGCUGAAGACCCUGGCGAGAGGAGGCAGGACCAUCAUCUGUACCAUCCAUCAACCCUCCGCGAGAUUGUUCGAGAUGUUUGACCACUUGUACACGUUGGCAGAUGGACAAUGUGUUUACCAAGGCAGCACUGGACGAUUAGUGGAAUGGCUCGGCAGCCUGAGCCUGCAGUGCCCGUCGUACCACAACCCCGCGUCCUUCAUCAUCGAGGUGUCGUGCGGCGAGUAUGGCGACAACACCGGCAAGCUGGUGCGCGCCAUCGACAACGGCAAGAAUGAUAUCAGAACUGGUAUGCCAUUACCGAAAAUGGCUGAGUACAACAACAAGAAAGACAUGGAACUGUCUAUGAAAUCCAACGAAUGGAACAAGAAUGACGCUUCGCAAGUGCAAGACAAGGUGUUGGACGUGCACGGCGCCAACGGAACCAACGGGACCAACAACCUCCACAAUGGACUACUGCAGCUCGCGGCCAACGAAAUUUCUAAAGGAAAAGGUGAUCAGGUAGUGCAAGUUGAAACAGAGAAGCAAGACAACGCAGAAGUGGCGCUUCUCGGUACCGAAGCGUCCCCGCGGCGCUACGCCACGUCGGAGUUCACGCAGUUCUGGGUGGUACUCAAACGGACCUUGCUCUUCAGUAGGCGAGAUUGGACGUUGAUGUACCUGCGUCUGUUCGCUCACAUCCUGGUGGGCUUCCUGAUCGGAGCACUGUACUACGACAUCGGUGACGACGGCUCCAAAGUGUUGUCCAACCUCGGUUUCCUGUUCUUCAACAUGCUGUUCCUUAUGUACACCUCCAUGACCAUCACUAUUCUCAGCUUUCCCCUUGAAAUGCCGGUGCUGAUAAAAGAACACUUCAACAGAUGGUACUCGCUACGAUCCUACUAUCUCGCCAUCACUGUUUCGGAUAUACCGUUCCAGGCGAUAUUCUGUAUAAUCUACGUGGUGAUCGUGUAUCUGCUGACGUCACAGCCGCUGGAGUGGUUCCGCUUCGCAAUGUUCCUGUCAUCAUGUCUGCUCAUCGCCUUCGUGGCUCAGAGCGUUGGUCUCGUGGUCGGGGCCGCUAUGAACGUCCAGAACGGAGUGUUCCUAGCGCCAGUGAUGUCGGUGCCUUUCCUGCUGUUCAGCGGUUUCUUCGUAUCGUUCAAUGCGAUUCCUGUGUACUUGCGCUGGAUAACUUACGUGUCCUACAUCCGUUACGGGUUCGAGGGCACGGCACUGGCCACCUACGCCUUCAAUAGGACUAAACUACAGUGUCACCAGGUAUACUGCCACUUCAAGCACCCGGACACGACGUUAGAAGAACUGGACAUGCAAAACGCGGACUUUACCCUGGACAUCGCGGCGCUAUGUCUCAUCUUCCUCAUCCUACGUAUCUCUGCCUUCCUGUUCCUGCGCUGGAAGCUGCGGUCCACGAGAUAAGCUCGUAUUUACUUUAUAGGCUGAGUUUUUAAGUGGGAUGGCAAUGGUAGCUUGAUAAAAAGCCUGUCUUAAAUAGGAAGAUUAUUGUCCUAACCAAAACAAUCUUGGAGAUUUUUAAACGCCCUAAUAAAAAAACAUGUCAUAAUCUGAUAAAAAGGCGACUAAAAUCGAUACAUUGAAAAAAAAAAUUCAAUUUUUUUGCCAAAACUUAAAAUCUGCAAAUAAAUAAAUAAAAAGUGUUAGAAUAGCUUGACACACAAAAGCUAAUUAUGGAUUUGAGCGGAAAAAACCGCCAAAACUAUGUAAGCAGUUGAAUACUUUUUAUAUUUAUGUGCGUUUAGAUUUCGACAUUUUAACGAUUUAUGGGGAUUUUUUAAUUCUCUAUAUUGACGAAUGUUUUGUUAUGGUUAGCUUAGCUGUCAUAAGUAUCCCUAUUUAAAAACUUCACCUUGUAUAUUUAUAAGUUUAAUCUUAAUUUUAUAUUAUAAGUUCAAUGUUGGGACUGUUUAAGACGUGAUUGCGAUUUUUAUAAGAGGUCUCAAAUGAAACUUGGACGCAGUUAUUGUGAUAAUAGGUGGUUUUUCGAAUACACGCAGAUGUUGCUAGUGUCUUGUGUGAAGUACGAAAACUGUAUUUAUUUGAAUAAAGCCUUCAUUUUGAUUUAGUUGUCAACAAUCUUAAAGCUAUUUUAGGAUUUACAAGGCACCAAAAGCUUAAUUUGCUGUAAUCCGCUGAAACAGGCAAAUUUGUACGGUGCAACAUGCAGCAAGCGACAUGCACCGCCCACCCUUCCACUGCUAAACAUGCAGGAAAAGCAAGCCACCAAGCGAACCCCACCACACAAAUCCAGCACACUAAAGUGUGUUCUGCAAUAUUAUCACACUAAUAUUAUAA